AUGGCUACUUCUGCAGAUGACUGGCCGAGUGUCAUCGGUGGCGGGAGGUGUGCUAACGCCACCGACUGCAAUGGCAAGGGGCAGUGUAUCAAUGGAGCCUGCGUGUGCCGCAAGGACGGCAUGGCCGCUGGCCCGCACUGCGGCCAAUUCGCUAUCCAGUGUCCCGCCUACAAGGACAACGCGUGCUGCUCUGUCUUCGCCAAGAACAGCGCCGGGUGCGACGCCUGCGCCGCUAACCUCAUGAACUUGUGGUGUGGCCUGGUGUGCUCACCCGAGCAGGAUCAAUUCAUGCAGAUGGCCCACGCGUGGCCUAGUACCAACUACCGGCCAGACCCCAUGACGGGCAAGGAGAAGGCCAAGGUGCUGGAACUGAAUGUGGCACUAGCCAAGGACUUGACCUGCUCUGUCGUCGAUUCGUGCAAGAACACGGCCAUGGCGUCGAUGGCUGCGGCCAUGAA